AGGGUCUGGGGAAGGGGCGGCAGGCGCCAUGUCCGGCCACGAGGGUGGCAAGAAGAAGCCCCUGAAACAGCCCAAGAAGCAGGCCAAGGAGAUGGACGAGGAAGAUAAGGUGUUCAAGCAGAAGCAGAAAGAGGAGCAGAAGAAACUCGAGGAGUUAAAAGCGAAGGCCACGGGGAAGGGCCCCCUGGCCACAGGUGGAAUUAAGAAAUCUGGCAAAAAAUGAGCUGUUCCUUGUGCCUGGGGCAAUGGCGAUACUUAAUUCCAUUCUGGUUUUAACAUCCGGAUUCCCUGCCAUAACAUCUGUUGCCACCUAUAGCUAGAACGAAGUUGUUUUGGAGACUGUUGUACAUGUGAGAAUAAACUUUUGUAAAAAAAA